AUGCGAGAGAGGCAUAAAACCAAUGUUGUCAAUUGGAGAAACAAUGUUUAUCAUCCAAUUGAUAUUGUUUCAGAGAGAUCCGAAAGGAGCGGCCCAAAUGAAGGAUUAAAUUGUAACAGUAAUGGUAUGGGCCAUCGCAGUAAAUUAAACGACGUAUCUGUACAGCCAAAGUUUGAAAGGACUUAUAGAUUCACCCGCAGGAAAUCGGUAGUUAGGGAAAUAUCCCCUAAGAUUAUUAGGUCGGAAAGCAAGCGUAUGAAUUAUGAAUUGAAAAGUAAUAAUUAUGAUAAUUUCAAAAAUUACAAUGCAGAGCCCAAAACUAAUUACAUUGAUGUUUUAGAUACGCGCUUAAAGGAUACAGGAGGAAUUAAUGGUAAUGAGUUAAAAAAUUCGCUAGUUGUGAACAUUCCAGAUCAGAUGAACCAUGGUAACCAAUUAAUACCUAGUGUUUAUCAACAAUACCAAUUACCGCCGCAUAUGCAACAAAUGUUACCAGCGGAUAACAUGUAUAAAACAUUAGACUCAAGGAUGUCUAAUGCAAUUGAUAGAAACAAUGUGGAUAGGAAUUGCGCUGAAAAUGGAAAUGGGUGCAUGACGGCUAUAGGCGACCUCUACAAUGGCCUGGAAUCUCUCGGAAUGGCACUUUGCAAAAUAAUCUCAGUCACCGGACAAAGUUGCCUUAAGGCAUGUCAACUAAUCGAACAUUAUGCAGUAGAUAACACUAGUGAAAAUAAAUUUAACAAAAAAUUCGCAAAAAUCAAAAUGGGGAAUUAUGAUAUAUCAAACAUAGAAACCCCCAGCAUAAAUAAUUAUUAUUCUAGUUCAGAGAAAUCGAGGCCAAUGACGUUAGACGAAAGGAAAAAGACAAGGGAUGCAAUUGAAAAAUAUCUUUCUGGCGACAAAAUCAAUCUACGUUGCAACUUUGAAGUGAAUCUGGAUGAACAACUUAACUCCACAGGAAAAACUUAUAUUACGGAUAAGACAAGAUUGACUGGUAAAAGUGGUAUAACUAAUGGAACAGAUAAGGACAUCUUAUCAAGAUUGGAAAGUUACAAAAAAUUACACUCCAUAAAUAUGAGAUCUCCAAACAUAAAUAACACAGCUACAAAUGACAGUAUUGAAAUUAACAGAAAUAGAAAUAAUACACCAACUGUUUUUAGGAAUGGGAAUCUAAACAUUGAUGAUAUGGCAAUGAUACCGCAAACAAGCUUUGCUUUAGAAAGAAAGAUAAUGCCGGAGAAUGAUUUGGUGUUAAAUAAUCCAUUAAAUACUAAACAAACUGCACUCCCGCCAUUCAGAAAGCUAAGCCGCAAAGAUUCUUCUACAAAAAGGCUAGUUGAUCAAGUUGAAAUUGUGGAACUGUCAAAACUAAAUGGUGACAGUGGAAAUAUUAUGCCAAAAUACAUGGAAUCAGAUAAAUCGUCCAACUCAAUGUCUGUUAAAACAUUAGAUCAGCUAGAUAAUAAUUUGAAUGAGUGUAAGAGUGAACAAAUCGAUGCAAUUGGGAUAUCUAAGAUAGAUCAUGAAGUGGGGAAUGAUGAGAAGAAGAACAAAGCUAAGGGAUCGGGUAAGCUGAAGGCCCAUAAGGGUCACCGCUGUUAG